UCCUAGAAUUGGUUUAUAUAGAUUACAAUAUUGGGUUUUAUGUACUUUGUAAUUUCUAGACCCUUCCAAUUUCAAUAUCCCUCACUGCCUUUCCGAUCUAUGGCUUUCGAGACGCAUUGUUUUCUGAAGAAAUAAAAUAAAAACCAAAAUAUUAAAAUAAUAUUAAGUUUUUUUGAAAAACCUCAGUAAAUAGACCCUUGUUCCACUGUCACGGGUCAUUGUUCAUUCUUAGUCUCGUAAGUCGUAACCCAUGCCAACGUCGUCGUUUCCUCGUUCUCAUUAACUGUCAACGCCGGAACCCAAUCGCCAAUGUCGGCCUCCGGUGGCGCCGCGAUCGCCGGCGAGGACUGCGUCCGGAGCCUCCGGUUUCGCGGCGAGAAUCGUUUCUACAACCCACCACGGUUUCGGAAAUGCAGACAAGAACAAGAACAAGAACAAGAACAAGAACAAGAACAAGAACGAGAACACAACCGGAAGCAGGAACGGGGGUCAACGUUGUCGGAGAACAGGCCUGGUUCCUCUUCCGGUUACUCCAUUUCUUCGAGGGGGACAACGAGUGACGUCUCCAAUUUGGGUCGAUUCUUGGAGCACAUAACCCCACAUGUUCCCGCCCAAUAUUUUCCCAUGAGAAGUGUGAGGAGAUGGAAAACAAAGGAGACAGAGUUGCAUUCAUACUUUGUUCUUGGGGACUUGUGGGAAUCUUUUAAGGAAUGGAGUGCAUAUGGGGCUGGUGUUCCUCUGGUUAUGGAUGGUAAUGAAUCCGUCACGCAGUAUUACUAUGUCUCCUUGUCUGCCAUUCAGCUUUAUAUUGAUCCGUCAAAACCUUCCCUGUGCUUAAGGAGACCCAAUCAAGAGAGUGACUCUGAAUCAGCUAGAGAGACAAGCAGUGAUAGCAGCAGCAGCUGUUAUCAGGGCAGUUGGAUCAAGCCUAACUUGUCAGAUCCAAGCAAUCAUGGUCUGGAAAAAGUUUCACUAAAAAGUAAACCGUUCAUGGGUUCAUCAAGUGAUGAGACUGAUAGCUGCAACCCACCUGGUCAACUUAUAUUUGAAUACUUUGAGCAUGAAACACCUUAUAAUCGUGAGCCAUUAGCAGAUAAGAUUUCUAACCUUGCACGUCAAUUUCCUGGGUUGAAGACAUACCGGAGCUGUGAUCUUUCACCUGCAAGUUGGGUUUCAUUGGCUUGGUAUCCAAUAUACAGAAUACCUACUGGUCCUACACUACAAACCCUGAGCGCCUGCUUCCUGACAUUCCAUUCCCUGUCAACAGCUUUGCAAAGUCCAAAUACUGAUGAUGGGUUUCAUAUUCACUGUUCAAGAAGUAGGGACAUCUCAUCCAAGCUAUCAUUACCAGUCUUUGGACUUGCCUUUAAUAAGUUCAAAGUUUCUAUCUGGGAUCCUGAUGGGGUUUCUGAAGGUCAGAAAGCUAAUUCUCUGUUGCGAGCUGCUGACAACUGGAUUAGGCUAUUGAGUGUUAACCAUCCUGAUUACAAUCACUUUACCUCCCAUUAUUCGUAUUGGAGAUGAGUAGUGUUUUCUCUGAAACUGAAGCACCCCAACUCCCAAGUCCCAUUUUAUGAACUAGUGGUAUCCUCUCUGCCAGGAUUACUUGUGUUGUCUUGAAAUAGAACAACAGGGCCAUUGCUUCAGUGAGGGAUUCAGGGUUCAUAUUAAAAGGGUCUGUUCUUCUGUUUUAAGAGGAGGCCUCUAACCAACAGUUUCUGCUUCUUUCUUGUAUGAUGAUGAAGAAAAGGUCCAAUUGUCUCUGUAAAAUACGUGUUUCACCUGGAAUUUUGUGUCUAGUUUUGUACAGACUAUGGCUGACAUCAUAUUCCUCAAUAUACACAUCCUUAUU